AUACGUGUAGAGCUAUAUUGAUGAGAUGGUGUGACUACCAUUAGGACGACGAUGCUGCUGAUGUUGCUGAUGAUGAGGAGAGGAGCUCCGCCAUGAUAACGUCAGGCUGCCAACAGACAUUAAUAUCUGGCCUCAUUUUACUCUUCCUGGCUCCAGAUUGUGUUUCCAGCCUCAAAUGCUAUGAAUGUGACAAUGAGUUGACCAACAACUUUUGCAUGAGCGAUUUAAACCUGCACGAAUGUGGACCAGCGUUGGACACAUGCCAAACCAUUGUAGCUUAUUCAGACGUCAGUGAGAAGCUGUCCAUCAUAAAAACAUGUUCUGUGAAUGCUUCUUGUCACAUCCAGAAACAGGAGAAUAAAGAUAUUCCCUGUGAUAAAACCCAAAACAAAUGGAUUUGCACCAGUUGCUGUCACGAAGAUGGCUGUAAUAUCAGCGGGCAGGAGUUCGUACAGUCAUCGUUUGCUGUCUUACAGCUUCUUAUUGUGUCUUUAUUUGCUACUGAUGUCAUUGUUGGAUGAAACAAAGUGAAUGUAGCAGUAGAGUAUUAUGUUGUUUGUUGCCGGUUGAGAUGGUAUGAAACACACACACACACACACACGUUUAUAUGUAUUCGUAUGUAAAUAAAACGAAAAAUAUAGUAAAAAUAUCAAAUAAAU